CCGACAUCGCGACACGCCGCGAAAAACACAUCCGCCCGCCACUUCUUCCACCAGCGCACAUUCAGCAGCUUUCAGUACCCGAAUUCCAGACCGCCGCACGAAGCGACUGCUAGCAGAAACGUCAUUGCUACCAUUGGUCUUGGGCCUGCCCGAAUAACACCGCGAUGCUUCCCAUCAGAAGAAGCGUGGUUCUCCACGCCAAGAGAGGCUGCCGUAGCAUUCUCCAGCGACAGCUCGUCUCCUCGUCGCGAACAUUCCGUCCCAGCUUGUACACGACUUCGGCUCGCCUCCGUCAGAAUGCCCUCCAUUCCCAAAUCGAGACCGGCCCUACCGCAACUGACUUCCUCGUUUCCAAGCCCGUCUCCAGGAUCGACAACCCGCAGACCAUGACCGAGAAGAUUGUUCAGCGAUACGCAGUCGGCCUCGCCGACGGCAAGAAGGUGCGGGCGGGCGACUAUGUCACAAUCAAGCCUGCGGCUUGCAUGUCUCACGACAACAGUUUUCCCAUAUCGAAGAAGUUUAUGGGACUCGGCGCUGAGAAGAUCCAUGACCCGCGCCAAAUUGUCAUGACUCUGGACCACGAUGUACAAAAUCGCAGCGAGGCCAAUCUGAAAAAAUACCAACUCUGCGAGGAAUUUGCCAAGAAGCAUGGCGUGGAUUUUUUCCCCGCAGGGCAUGGGAUCGGUCAUCAAAUCAUGAUCGAGGAGGGCUACGCUUGGCCAGGUACCAUGGCUGUGGCAUCAGACAGUCAUUCAAACGUCUACGGCGGCAUUGGUUGUUUGGGAACUCCAGUGGUAAGGACAGACGCAGCCUCCGUCUGGGCCACUGGAAGGACUUGGUGGCAAGUCCCUCCCGCUGCGCGCAUACAUUUGCGCGGCAUUCUGCCUCCUGGAGUCACUGGCAAGGAUGUCAUCGUUGCUCUGUGUGGCCUGUUCAACAAGGACGAGGUGUUGAACCAUGCCAUUGAAUUCACCGGUUCCGAAGAGACCAUGCGAAGCCUCUCUAUUGACGAGAGACUGACCAUCUCCAACAUGUCUACCGAGCAUGGCGCUUUGUCGGCAAUUUUCCCCAUCGAUUCGACACUCAAAGCCUGGCUGAGGUCCAAGGCAACAUUCGUGGCCAUGAUGAGCCCGGACGGCAAGGCUCACAGCCGCUGGAGUCACGAACGCAUCGACAGCCUCUUCGAGAAUCCUCUCACCUCUGACCCCGGCGCGACGUACGCCAAGACGCUGUACAUGGACCUUUCUACAUUGUCCCCCUUUGUUUCCGGACCCAACUCGGUCAAGGUUGCGACGCCUCUCAAGGACCUCGAGACCCAGAACAUCAAGGUUGACAGGGCCUAUCUCGUUUCGUGUACGAACUCUCGCGCUUCCGAUAUCGCAGCUGCGGCCCGCGUCUUUCGCGAGGCCGCCAAGGACGGCAACCCCCCCAAAAUUGCGCCUGGUGUCAACUUCUACUUGGCUGCCGCGUCUAUGGUCGAGCAGCGAACUGCCGAAGAAGCCGGUGACUGGCAAGUGCUCCUCGAGGCUGGCGCAGAGCCUCUCCCCUCCGGAUGUGGACCCUGUAUCGGCCUCGGCAAAGGUCUUCUGGAGCCUGGUGAAGUUGGGAUUUCGGCAAGUAACAGGAAUUUCAAGGGCCGUAUGGGCUCCACGGAAGCCAAAGCUUAUCUGGCCAGCCCCGAGGUGGUUGCCGCUAGCGCCCUGCAAGGCAAGAUUGCGGGCCCUGGCUGGUACCAGAAGCCGGACGGGGUUGAUAAGGUUAUCAUCGGCGAGGGCGUGGGCGAUAUGACAGCCGAUAUCGCCACGUCCAUUGAGGAUGCUCUUGAGAAACUCAUUUCUCAGGCCGACGGCAUCAUUGCCGAGUCAGAGAAGGACUUCUUGGGUGCGUCCGCCGGAGAGGUCGCAGUCGCCGAGAGCGAAGAGAAGCUCACGGACGUCCUUCCCGGCUUCCCUGAGAAGAUUGAGGGUGAGAUUGUCUUCUGCGAUGCUGACAACCUCAACACUGACGGCAUCUACCCCGGCAAGUACACGUACCAGGAUGACGUGUCAGUCGAGAAGAUGGCCGAGGUAUGCAUGGAGAACUAUGACACCGCCUUCCGCGACAUUGCCAAGGCCGGCGACAUUCUCGUUUCCGGCUUCAACUUUGGUACGGGCAGCUCGCGUGAGCAAGCGGCGACGGCGAUCCUGGCCAAGAAGAUCCCGCUCGUGGUGGCGGGCAGCUUCGGCAACAUCUUCAGCCGCAACAGCAUCAACAACGCUCUCAUGGGCGUCGAGGUGCCCAAGCUCGUUCAGCGCCUGCGCGAGACGUUCAAGGAGGAGGGCGACAAGAAGGUGCUAACGCGUCGCACCGGCUGGAAGCUGCUGUGGGACGUGCGGAGGAGCAAGGUCACGGUCACGGAGAAGGGCGGCGAGACGUGGAACGUCAAGGUGGGCGAGCUGCCGCCCAAUGUGCAGGAGAUCAUCGCGCGCGGAGGCCUGGAGGAGUGGGUCAAGGCAGAGAUCAAGAAGUAAGAAAGAGGAGAGAGAAGUUGACGAGAGAUGAGGGGGAGUGGGUCUGCGAAAGUUGGGGAUAUCGAGAGCCGGGCAUGAGCUUAUGCCAACAAUACUGCGUGUUUUGAGUACUCUAGAAGGGACAUCAUGUUUGGAUGGGGGGUUUUCUGUAGAAAUGGGCUCUAAAAGUAUGUGAUACAACGGAUAGAUUUUGCUGCCAU